CAGGCUUUUUAAUCACCGACUUAAUUGUUAAACAUAAAAUUAGUUAAUUGUGACUCGAAAAAAGGAAAUGGUUCCAAUGAAACCGUUUCCAUGAAUUUCACUGAUUCAGUGAGCACCGGAAAAAUUAGAUUGAGACAAUUAACUAACUAUUAAUACUAUUAAUCAAGGUAAUUGUUGUUGAAAUGUUUCUCUUUCUAAAAAAACUGAAUCAAUUUAACCUUUAACAACCUUGGGUUAUAAUUAAGAAACCAAAUUGUGAUUAACAACUGAUCACAAACAACAAUAUCUCAUUUAAGUUGUUGAUCAGUUAACAGCAACAACAACAAUAUUAAUAACCAACGGUAACAAUUAAAUGAAAUAUUUUUUAUGUGACUUCCUAUCAGGUUGGUCUAAUUAAUCUGUUGAUAUAUCCAAGCAAUUUAACUUGAUUUAAUAUCAAGUGAAAGUAUCAUCAUCAUCACCCUGAUCACAGCAAUUAACUAUUAUCAAUGGCUCCAAAUGUGAAAGUUGAACCAUUGGAAAUUGUUGAUAUCUCACCAAAUGGUUCACCCAAAAGUUUGAUUAAAAAAAGUGAUUCAAUUGUUAACCGUAAAUUGGUUCGAUUUGCUGAACCAAUUAAGGAUAAUAACCAACAACAAUCAGCUAAUUAUCGUUUACAAAUUGUUUGGAGAAAUGUAAUUAUCUUUGCCAUCCUUCACAUCGGUGCUCUUUAUGGAUUCACAUUGUGCUUUACAUCAGCCAAAUGGUUAACAAUUGCUUUUGCUUAUUUCCUUUAUGUAUUCAGUGGCCUGGGAAUCACCGCCGGUGCUCAUCGAUUGUGGUCACAUCGAUCAUACAAAGCUAAAUGGCCGUUGCGACUUUUAUUGGCCUUAGCAAAUACGAUUGCUUUUGAGAACGAUAUCUACGAAUGGACUAGAGACCAUCGAGUUCAUCAUUUGUAUUCUGAAACCGAUGCCGAUCCUCAUGAUGCUCGUCGAGGUUUUUUCUUCGCCCAUGUUGGUUGGCUAUUGUGUCGCAAACACCCAGCGGUCAUUGAGAAGGGUAAAAAAGUUGAUUGUUCCGAUAUAUUAGGAGACCCGAUUGUCCGAUUCCAACGAAGAUAUUAUCUUCCAUUGGUGGUCACUUGUUGUUUUAUCAUUCCAACGGUCAUUCCUCAUUUCCUUUGGUCCGAAUCACUUUUAACAAGCUACUUGGUUUGUGGCCUUUUCCGAUAUUGUUUCACCCUUAAUAUGACCUGGUUAGUCAAUUCAGCUGCUCAUAUGUGGGGCAAUCAGCCUUACGAUGUGACUAUUGGUCCACGGGAAAACAUUGGUGUUUCUAUUGGUGCGAUUGGUGAAGGUUUUCACAAUUACCAUCACACUUUUCCUUAUGAUUAUUCAGCCUCGGAAUUGGGAUGGAAAAUCAAUUUAACCACAAUUUUCAUCGAUUGUUGUGCUGCUCUUGGACUAGUUUACGAUCGCCGAAGAGUUUCCAAAGAAGUUCUAAGACGUCGAACUCAACGAACUGGAGAUUCUUCGAGGUUACACCAUCAUUCCCAUUAGAAAUCGUUUAUUAAUCAACUGAUUGUUACCAAUCAAAUUCCAUAGAUUGUUAUUUUGAUUACUCUUUUUUUGUUGGUAUUAAAGCUUUAAGAAAAAAAAAUUCACCAUUUCAUUAGAAAGUGACACA